AAUGAGCUGAAUGAGAAGCAACUACGUGCUUCCUCUGUUUGUUCAGAAUUUUCGACUUCAUCGAUUACGCCAGUCAAACUAUCUCCAAGUGGCCUCACCGAUGGGCUGGAGCAACAGGAUAGCAAAAAACGUGCAUACGCGCAUCACGAUGAACUACAACGUGAAAGUGGCCCUCCUUGUCAUGUACGCAUAUGUGUGAAAGGUGUUAACGUAGAAGAAGAAACCGUUGCUGCUUUUCCACAUUUGGAGACGGAUCAGCUUUCACCCGUAUGCAGCUCGGACAUGAGAAUGAGUCAAAUAACGUACCCACUUCAUGAUCCUGUGGAGAAACUCCCCCAUGUUCGUCCGAGUGCAUCGCUUAUGAAGACAGAUUUAAUGAAGUUGGAUGGAGCCUUCCGCGCAAUGUUUCCUCAUUUGCCCAAAUUCUCAAUGAGGGCACUUAAUACAAAAAACGCGUGUGACAAGGAGCUGCAGGAGUUACUUCAGCUACCGAUUACCGAUCCUAAACGAAUUGAUGGACUUCGACGGCACUCUACCAUUUUUGGUCGCUUCGAUUCACCGAAACGACUGAACAGGCCGCUUCGACAUUUUGAAAUUUGCAUAAAUGAGUUAACCAACCGGUUGGUGCAAAUCAUUCCCGAGUUGGUCACGCAGCGUGAGCAUUUGUUUCAUACAGCCCGUCAAAUGGUCAACAUCACCAACUACGGAAUGACGAUCACCGAAACAGGACAGGUGGGUUCCGAAAAGAAAUAUCGCGUGAACACGUUCGUGACAAGUCAGAUGCCGUCAAUAUGUGCUGGCGAAGCAGUGAUAACACAAUGGCCUCGCACGUCAGAUUUCGGGAGCCUAAACCCCAGCGUGACCAAGGUUAUGUGCUGCCGAUGCACAUUAAUACCACUGAAAUUCGAUUCCACUGCUUUCCCACUUUGGUGUGAACUCACCAGAAUAACUGCCCCAGGACAGGAGGGAACUGUUCAAACGAGAGUGAUGUGGACGUUGUUUGAGCUUCUUGGAAUCACAUUUGGGCGCUUGAUUCGGAGUCGAUGCUCGUCGCACAAACAACGAAAGUGUGAACUUUCAGGGUUAACGUUCAAAUCGUUAACUUGGUGGCGACGAAGUGCAAGUCAACCGCAAACCCAGCUGGAUCACGUGGCCAUCAGCCACUGUUGGAGCGUCACAAUUCAAUAUGGCCAAUCUUUCUGGAGUACACUACUUGAUUUCGAUUACGCCAUGGUGCUCGCAUGCCUAAGAGUUAUGUUCUUCUCAGACCCUCAGAACGGUAUCGAUCUUAUUUUUUGCUCAACAACUCCCUACAGUAAAGGAGCACAUGGAGUUCUCCCGGCAAAAUUUGAAAGGAUCUAUGCUGGUGGCGUUUACUUCUGUCUGUCCGACUUCUCCGAUUCGACUACAAGACCACUAGAUACCGGCAAUGUUGUGGAACUCAACCCCGAACUGAAGAUGGCACAUCGCUUGAUGAUGAAACGUUUGCAAUCCAACUGCCAACCUCGG